CAUUCACACUUCUCUUCUCUUCUUCUAUCUUCUCUACCGAAGCCACUACUACAAGUCACAAUGAAGUUCUCCAUUGUUGCCGCUGCCACUCUUGUCGCUGCCGUCUCUGCGGCCGAUAAUGCCAUCCCUGCUGGCCGCGUUGCCAUUAUGAAGAGCGCUGCCGAGUACAAUGCCCAGGCUGCGAUUGCUGGCUGCGACUGGGUGAACUGUAUCUCGUCGCUUGCUGGUGCGACUGCUGCCUGUGCUGCUGCUUUUGCCCAGGGUGCUGCUAACCCUGUUCUUGACCUUGCCUGCCUUGCCUCUGUUGGUAGCACUGGUCCUGCUUGCCGCGGAUGCUAA